AUGGCCUCCAAAACUAGCCGGCCGCCUAAUUACUACGCGAUCCUCGAAGUUCCCGAGAACGCCUCAGCCUCCAAGAUCCGCGAUGCCUACAAACGCGCCGCCCUAAAAACACAUCCCGACCGCGUUCCCGCCGACGCCCCCGAUCGCGCCCAGCGCACCCGCAAGUUCCAACUCGUCAACGAUGCCUACUACACCUUGUCCGACGCCUCGCGACGACGCGAAUACGAUGCCCAGCGCAAGCUCUUCGGCAGCGCUGAUAGUACCGCUGGUGCCCGGCCCAGCUCUGGAGGGGGAGGAGGAGGGAGAAUGCCAGGCGGGUUCAACUUCCCCUCCGGCGGUGACCCGUUCGCAGAAGCCGACGCUGAGGCGGCGAACGCCGGGUUCGGUCCUGGUGGCGGGAUGCCCGGCGGGAUGCCAUUCUCGUGGGCGUGGGACUUCUUCACCAACGCCAACCAGCAGCAGCAACACGGCGCGCAGGAUCAGGAAGAGCAGCAGCGGGAGCGGGCGCGGACUGAGGAUGCGCAGUUCGCAGAUGUGUUUGAAGAGAUGCUGCGUGAGGAGGGGAUGGCCGAGGAAGGGCCCGGUGGGGGCGCUACAGGCAAGUUUUGGGGCCUGCUGGGCGGGCUAAGCGGUGGUGCGUUGGGGUUUAUCGUAGCCAAUGUACCAGGUCUCGUGGCGGGUGCUGUCGCUGGGAAUCGGCUCGGCGCGGUGAGGGAUGCGAAGGGAAAGAGUGUUUAUGCUGUGUUUCAGGAACUGCCGCAAAGUGACCGGGCAAGGCUUCUCAGUCAGCUGGCUGCUAGGGUGCUGAGCCAUGCGGUUGGAGUUUGA